AUGCCCGCCAUAUUAUUCAGAGCUUCGGCUGUCGCUUUUGCGGCGUUGAUCGCUUGCACCGAUGCCAGCAAAUUGCUUGGGUUUGAAAACAAGAGAAAUAUUAUACCCAACUCUUAUAUCGUGGCAUUGAAAGAGGAUGUCCCGGAGCAUGAUUUCGACGCUCAUAUGGCAUGGGUAUCCAAUGUCCAUUCUGCCAGUGUGGCUGCCGCCGGGAGUGCUUCAACGUCUGGGGUGAAGUUUACAUUCAAAAUCAACGGCUGGAAGGGAUACAGCGGAAGCUUUGAUGACAAUACCUUAAAUGAGCUCCUUGCUAAUGAAAAUGUCGACUAUAUCGAACCAGACCGCCUGUCUCGAAUAGCAUCCGUUGAAUCACAGGCUUUAGUAACUCAGAGAAAUGCUCCAACCUGGGGCCUCGGGCGAAUUUCCCACAAGCAACGAGGGAGCCGCGACUACGUCUAUGACGACUCUGCUGGAGAAGGCGUUGUGGUGUACAGCAUCGACACGGGAAUUGAUAUCACGCACCCGGACUUCGAGGGCCGUGCCUUUUGGGGAAUCAACACUGUGGACAAUAUUGACAGAGACGGACAUGGACACGGAACCCAUACCUCCAGCACCAUCGCCGGAAAAACUUAUGGUGUCGCCAAAAAGGCCAAGAUCUUUGCGGCCAAGGUCUACGAUUCUCGAGGCAUAGGCCCUGACAGCGCAACACUAAAGGCAAUUGAGUGGGCAAUCGACCAUGCCCAAAAGAACAACCACACUGGUAAGGCAGCUAUGAACUUGAGUCUUGUCACCGACAGUCCCAGAGCUGUCAACGCGGUAUGCACAAGAGCCGUAGAGGCCGGAAUCUUCGUCGCUGUUGCAGCAGGGAAUGACAAUAGGGCCGUCACCAACGAAUCCCCAGCUUCGGCGGACAAGGUUUGCACUGCCGGUGCCACGGCGGAAAGUGAUAGCAAAGCUAGUUUCUCAAACUACGGACGCCUCGUUGCCCUCUAUGCCCCUGGUCAAUCCAUCCGGGCCGCCGUGCCGGGCAACCGCUCAGGCAUUAAAUCUGGCACAUCGAUGGCCGCUCCUCAUGUUUGUGGUGUGGGUGCAGCUCUCAUGUCGCUUGAAAACAUCCGCCCCCAGGAUGUCUGCAAUCGUCUAAAGGCACUUGCACAUCCGUCGGUUAGAAAUCCCGGCCCCAACACCACCAACAAGCUCCUCUAUAACAACAGUGGUCGUUAA